AUGUCGGAGUGACAAAUGUUCUUGUCGACAAAGGUUAAAACUUUUAUUUUGAAACACGUUUUCUUCGCAGGUGAUCACUAUUUGACUAAAUAUGAGUUUCUAGCUGCUCAUCCCAACGAGGAAGGCACCGCCUUCUUUAACUUUUACGACAAGCUGGAUGGAACUGCAGACCACAGAGUUGCUCGAGUGGUUGCAGAGAAGAUUCUUCAACAUCUGGACAAAGACAACAACGGUGAAAUCCCGUAUUCGGAAUUCCAACACUCCUACCCACUGUUCUACGCUGAAGUCAUGAAGGAGAAGAGGGUCCUUGCUCACUGGUGAGAAGAUCACAGAGAGUCGCUACCUGCAGGACACCACAAAUACCAGUUGACAAGUUGAUGUAGUUUUAGCCUUUUGCGUGUUACUGAUGUGUUGAAAGGUGAAGGGACUUUUAAUAAUAAAUAAACAGUUCCUGGAUCCUUUGACGA